AUGCAACGUUCUCUUCUAUUUUCCGCACGCCGCCACGGCCCAGCGACGGGCUUGCGGUUCUUCUCUGCGAGCGCGUCUCGGCCAGCCAUCAACAAGAUCGUCUCCUCCGCACAAGAAGCCAUCAAGGACAUGAAGUCCGAUACGACAGUCUUAGUUGGUGGAUUUGGCUUUUCAGGAGUACCAAACACUCUCAUCAAUGCUCUACGCGACCGAAGUGACCUCAAAAACUUCACCGUUGUCAGCAAUAACGCCGGUAUGCCGGGUGUUGGGCUGGGACAACUCUUGGAGACAAAGCAGAUUGGCACGAUGAUUGCGAGUUACAUCGGAGAUAACAAGGUGUUUGAGCAGAUGUACUUGAAGGGUCAGCUGAGUCUGCAAUUGACUCCUCAAGGCACGAUUGCUGAGAAGUGCGCUGCUGGUGCUGCUGGUGUGCCAGCUUUCUACACACCAGCAGCAUACGGAACAAUUGUACAAACUGGUGAACUUCCUGUGCGCUACAACACCGACGGUACCAUCGCGAAAAUGGCUCCUCCAAAAGAAACACGCGAAUUCAACGGCAAAUCCUACGUGAUGGAAGAAGCCAUCUUUGGUGAUUACGCCUUCGUCAAAGUCGCAAAAGCCGAUCGGCUCGGUAACUGCCAGUUCCGAAAAGCACAGAACAACUUCAAUGAAGCAAUGGGCAAGAAUGCGAAGAUGACGAUUGUCGAAGCAGAUGAGAUUGUUGAGGACGGCGAGAUUGCACCAGAAGAUAUUCAUCUCCAGGGAAUAUACGUGAAGAGAGUGAUCAAGAGCACAGUUGGCAAGGAGAUCGAGAGGAAGGUGUUCUGGAAGAGUCCAGAGGAGCAGAAGAAGGCGCUCUUGGAAGGUGGUUCAACCGAAGCAUCACAGAAGCGCGAGCGCAUCAUCAAGCGCGCAGCUCAAGAAUUGAAGGAUGGCAUGUAUGUCAACCUUGGUAUCGGCAUGCCUCUAGCAGCGCCUGCAUUCUUGCCCGAGGGCACCGAGAUCGUGCUCGAGUCAGAGAAUGGAAUCUUGGGUAUGGGCCGGUAUCCCAAGCCGGGUGAAGAGGACCCUGACCUCAUCAAUGCCGGAAAGGAGACUGUUACCCUGAUCAAGGGCGCAUCAACGUUCGGCAGCCACGAGUCUUUUGGUAUGAUCCGAUCAGGACGCAUAGAUGUCGCCAUGUUGGGUGCUAUGCAAGUAAACCAAUACGGAGAUCUCGCAAACUUCAUGCUUCCCGGAAAGGUCAAAGGCAUCGGCGGGGCCAUGGACUUGGUCGCAAACCCUACACAAACCAAAGUCGUCAUCACCAUGGAACAUGUCGACAAGAAGGGCAACCCCAAGAUUCUAAAUCAAUGCACAUUCCCCCUCACCGGACAGAAGUGCGUCAGCACCAUCAUCACAGACCUGGCCGUAUUCGACUGCGAUCGCGUUGAAGGACUAACCCUGAAGGAGCAUGCAAAGGGUGUUACUGUCGAUGAGAUCAGAAGCAAGACGGAAGCGCCGUUCAAGGUUAGCGAGGACUUGAAGGAGAUGAGCGUAUAG